AUGGAAUGUUAUUAUGCCAUGCUAUGCCAGCAGUACAGUUGUUUUCUCAUUUCCACUUUAGAUAAAGUGGUUGAUUACAUACUUAAACAGCAGAAACAUAGUAAACAUCUAGCAAACUCUUUUUAUUUCGUGUACAUAAGAAACAAUAAAGUUCAAUUGUGUUCAAUCAGGUCUAUAAGUAUUCCUAUGAAGCAGAACAGACAACGAAUGAAACUUCAGUCCAUUAAGCAAUUGACAUUAAGCCUGAUGAGGAUGGCAAAAUAG